GGCUGCUGGCAGGAGGACCACUAUGGGUGUCCAGAGAAAGAGCUUCCUUCCCGUGCUUGUGCUGAGUGCUCUGCUGGCUGUGGGGGCCCUAGAAGGAUCCAGGAAUCAGGACUGGCUUGGUGUCCCAAGGCAACUUGUAACUAAAACCUGGAACAGGCAGCUGUACCCUGAGUGGACAGAGGUGCAGGGGUCUAACUGCUGGAGAGGUGGUCAGGUAUCUCUGAGGGUCAUUAAUGAUGGGCCUACACUGGUUGGUGCAAAUGCCUCCUUUUCCAUUGCCCUGCACUUCCCUGGAAGUCAAAAGGUACUGCCGGAUGGUCAGGUUAUCUGGGCCAACAACACCAUCAUCAAUGGGAGCCAGGUGUGGGGAGGACAGCCAGUGUAUCCACAGGAGCCUGAUGAUGCCUGCGUCUUCCCUGACGGUGGACCCUGCCCGGCUGGUCCUAAGCCUCCGAAGAGAAGCUUUGUUUAUGUUUGGAAGACCUGGGGACAAUACUGGCAAGUUCUGGGGGGUCCAGUGUCCAGGCUGAGCAUUGCGACGGGCCACGCAAAGCUGGGCACACACACAAUGGAAGUGACUGUCUACCACCGACGGGGUUCCCAGAGCUACGUGCCCCUUGCUCACUCCAGUUCAACCUUCACCAUUACUGACCAGGUACCUUUCUCCGUGAGUGUGUCCCAGCUACAGGCCUUGGAUGGAGAGACCAAGCACUUCCUGAGAAAUCAUCCUCUCAUCUUUGCCCUUCAGCUCCAUGACCCCAGUGGUUAUUUGGCUGAGGCCGACCUCUCCUACACAUGGGACUUUGGAGACGGUACUGGGACCCUGAUCUCUCGGGCACUUGAUGUCACUCACACUUACCUGGAGUCAGGCUCAGUCACUGCCCAGGUGGUACUGCAGGCUGCCAUUCCUCUUGUUUCCUGUGGUUCCUCCCCAGUCCCAGGUACCACAGAUGGCUACAUGCCAACUGCAGAAGCACCUGGAACCACAUCUAGGCAAGGAACCACUACAAAAGUUGUGGGUACUACAACUGGCCAGAUGCCAACUACACAGCCCUCUGGAACCACAGUUGUACAAAUGCCGACCACAGAGGUCACAGCUACUACAUCUGAGCAGAUGCUGACCUCAGCGGUCAUAGAUACCACACUGGCAGAGGUGUCAACUACAGAGGGUACAGGUACCACACCCACAAGGCCUUCUGGAACCACCGUUGCGCAAGCAGCAACCACAGAGGGUCCAGAUGCCAGCCCAUUGCUGCCCACACAAAGUUCUACAGGCUCCAUUAGCCCUCUACUGGAUGACACCGACACCAUAAUGCUUGUGAAGAGACAAGCUCCCCUGGAUUGUGUUCUAUAUCGAUAUGGUUCUUUUUCCCUCGCCCUGGACAUUGUCCAGGGUAUUGAAAGUGCUGAGAUCCUGCAGGCUGUGCCAUCCAGUGAGGGGGAUGCAUUUGAGCUGACUGUGUCCUGCCAAGGCGGGCUACCCAAGGAAGCCUGUAUGGACAUUUCAUCACCAGGGUGCCAGCCCCCUGCCCAGAGGCUGUGCCAGUCUGUGCCACCGAGCCCAGACUGCCAGCUGGUUCUACACCAAGUGCUGAAAGGUGGCUCAGGGACGUAUUGCCUCAAUGUGUCUUUGGCUGACGCCAACAGCCUGGCAGUAGCCAGCACCCAACUUGUUGUUCCUGGUCAAGACGGUGGCCUUGGGCAGGCUCCCUUGCUUGUAGGUAUCUUGCUGGUGUUGGUGGCUGUGGUCCUUGCAUCUCUGAUACAUAGGCACAGACUUAAGAAGCAGGGCUCAGUUUCCCAAAUGCCACAUGGUAGCACUCACUGGCUGCGCCUGCCUCCGGUCUUCCGCACCAGCAGCCUUGGAGAAAACAGUCCGCUCCUCAGUGGGCAGCAGGUCUGAUCAUUCUCAAGGCACCGUGGAUUUCCUGGGGUUGAUAGCAGUGCCUGUGCUUUCUGCAGUCUUCCCUUUGAGACUACCAAUAUCUGAAAUAAAUUCUCAGAACCUUG